AUGGAUAUGUAUAAUAACUUUGAUAACAUUGAAAGUGACUACAUUUCAUUGGGAAGAUUUAACAAUAACUACUUGAAUAUUUCUGAUAAUCAUAAUCCUAAUACUAAUAAUAAUAAGAAUAAUAUUAACAGAAAUAAUAAUACUCUAAAUGAAUAUUUUAAUUUGGGUAAUAAGAGGUUUUCAACAAUAUUAAGAUUCUUAGUAAUAUUGUCUUCUCUUAUUAGUUUACUUGUUUUAAUAAAGUUGCCAGUGAAAAAUAGAAUAGAAUUGAGAAAGGAAAUGCUUGAAAAUGCUCUGCUUCUGAAGAAGAAACAUGAGGAAAAAAUUCAUAAUAAAUUUGAGAAUGAUAAAGUGAGCCCAAUAGUAGAUGCAACUCAAAUUUCUAAUUUGAAAGAGAAUAAAACAAGGGUAUUAAUUUUAGAAGAGAAUGGAAUUGCCAAAAAUCAAACUUCAAAAGAAAAUGAUAACAGCAAUAUAUUUAAUAAAGAUAAAAAUAAUAUUAGGACAGAUGCUAUUAGAUUGGAAGAAAAUAUGAAGUUAGAUCUUGGAAACUCUGUAUUUGGAAGUCAUUAUAACGUUCAUGGUGUUAAUAAAAGAGCCAUGGAAAAUGACAUAUGUAAUGAUAAGGAUUACACAAAAAAAGUAUUGAAAUUGGUUUACGAGCUUUCCUAUUUUGCUUUACCCAAGGAUACAAAAAACAUAAGAAAGUUUGAGGCAAGUGAUGUUAAAGUUUUUAAUGAGGAAAUGUGGGUAGUUUGUGAUAAUUCAUGGAUGAUUGGAAAGUUUGGAUUAAGCUUAACUCCCUUUUCAGACUUAAACAAACUAUUAAGUAUGCAAACAACCACAUCUGGUGGGAACCCUUUAGACAUUAAUACGCUUUUGUUAGGAACUGAUCCAAAUGUUGAGGAUUCACAAUGGGAAGCAAUUGUUAGAGAUGAUGUUACUGGGCAUCUAUUUGUAAUAAGAGAAUCAAUACCUCAUAAUUUAGAUCAAGAAGUAUUGGCGGAAGAUAUUUCAAAUGGCUUAAAAUCAGGGGAACAAAAUUCGCUCAGACAUUAUCAUUCGCAUAUUAUUGAGUUAGCCUUAGUAAAGGUAAAUAAUAUUGAGUCUUAUGAAGUUUUAGAAACAUGCACUGCAGAACAAAAAUUUGAUUUUGAUAACAAAGGUUUUGAAGGAGCAGUAGGACUUAGAGCUCGAAAUGGUGAUUUUUAUUUGUUGGGACUUUGUGAAGGUAAUUUUUGCAUGGGAGGAAUAAAAGGUGAAGAAUAUGGUAAUGGAAGGCUUAUUUUAAUGAAGAAAGAAUAUAUAGACAAAACAUUGGAACUUAAAAAUGAAAAUGUAUUACAAGAUGAGAUGAAUAGUCUAAAAUCAAAAUGUAUUUGGAGGUCAGUUAGGAUGAUUAAUAUUCCUAAAGAAGCUAAUUUUCAAGAUUACUCAUCCAUUGAUAUAAGAGGCAAUCAAGUUGCAAUUACUUCGCAAGAAGAUUCAAGUAUGUGGCUUGGAGAAAUUGAUUUUGGUGAUGGGGAAUAUUUGGACCCUGAAAAAAUAGAACUAUUACCUAAUGGACGAGUUUACCAUUUCCCAAGAGAUCAUGUUUGUGAUUUUAAAUAUUGUAAUAUUGAAGGAGUUUCUUUUAUUUCUGACAAUAUGAUAGUGACAGUGUCCGAUAAAAUGAAAAAAAGAAGCAGACAAUCACCAAAAUGUUUACAUAAAGAUCAAUCUAUUCACAUUUUUGCAAUUCCAUAA